GAUAACGCCAUUGACGUGUUAUGGAAGUCGGAGAGAAGGUUACCAGCUCGGUUAACGACGAUGAAUCUCCUAGCAUACCAGAAGUUAAAUACGAAUACUUGGAUCACACUGCAGAUAUUCAAUUGCAUACUUGGGGAGAUAACUUGAAGGAAUCGUUUGAGCAGGUUGCUAUAGCAAUGUUUAAUUACAUGACAACUGACUAUGACACUGUGAAAAUGUCGGAAGUACACAAAAUCAAAGCAGAAGGUUCAGAUAUGAAGUCCCUGUUGUACAACUACCUUGACGAGUUCCUCUACCUGUUCUCAGCAGAGCCAUAUAUCAUUCCACGGGUUAUACGAAUAACAGAGUUUGACAUUGAACAUUUUAAAAUUAAAGCUAUUGGAUACGGAGAGCCUUUUGAUAGAGAAAAGCAUCCACCAGGAACAGAAGUGAAAGCCAUCACUUAUUCUAAUAUGCAGAUACAUGAUAACAGACCAAGUAAUGACGUGUUUGUGAUACUUGACAUAUAACUUAGUUCAGCAAGAAACGUGUACCGUUUCCUAUAAGCCGUCCAUGACAAUUUGGUGAAACCGUGUGAAGCUUCAUUCAAGUCAUUAAGGUAAAUAUUUUGCUGCACUUCCUUCAACAUAACUUCCAUAUGAAUGUGCAGUAGAACUGUAGGACAUCACUGGAAAGUGAAUCAUGGUUUUGUAAAAGAUGGUCUUGUCGAAGCUCAUUCCUGUGUGAUAAAUAGCGAAUCUUUGCAGUUUCCUGCUCUGAAAAAUCGAAGAAAUCCGGAAAUAUUGCUAAGAUAACCUGCAGCCAUGAAAGCAGUAUCUUGGAGAUGACGACGAAUGAAGGGAGGAAAUUCUGUGUGUAAUUUACAACUUUGUUUUAAAAUGUUUUUUAUUAACAAGGCUCAAAAUUCAUUUGGUGAAUUGGGAAGCAAUCUUUGCACAUAAAAUUUUAACUUGAAAGCAAGUGUUAGAAAUUUAGAUGCACUUCUAGAAAAUAGAAUGGAAAUGAACAAAUUAUGAUGUGACUUUAUUUUCAACACCAAUGCCGAAAUCUUGAGGAAAAUGCAGAUAAAAGCUUAUGGUUUAUAUUAUCAUUCCUUAGAAUGAGGAAUUCUGGAUAUAUCUGGAAUGCUGUCAAAAGAAUGUGGAAAGCAAAUGCUGCUUGUUAAACUUAUUAUCAGAAAAACACAUCUAUAGUGCAUUUUGAGCAGCAGAUGCUUCCUACCUUCUGUAAAAUUUUGAGCUUUGAUAGUACUUGUAAAUUUAUGUAUUGUGGCCAGCAUUAGCAUUUGCGACCUGCUGUUAGCCAAGGUUUUAAGCUCUAGAGUGUUAAGUUAACAGAUUUGAAUUGAACUGAAAGUAGUAAUUAUAUUUCAGGGUUCAUACUAGAAAAAAAUAUGGUUUUAGCUAAUUUUGAGAUAUGUUGAGUAUUUCCUUGAAAAUGAUUUAAAAGGUUAAUUUAAAGAAAAAUGUAUUUGGCAAAGACUAAAUGUUGUACCCAUUUAGUAUUAAAAUUAGCAAUUUGCUUAUUUUGGUAAUGGUGAGCCCCGUAUUUUAUGAUUUUUAUUUUUAAAAAACAACCCCACAAAAUACCAACUGAUUAGAAAAUUAGCAUGCAGACAUACUCUUUCAGUCUGCUCACAUCCAUUCAAAGUACAGGUCUAUCUAUUCUAGUCGUAAAUUCCAGUGUUAGUCAGAAAGCCAGACUGGUGUAUUUUUUUAUCUUUUUUAUACAUAUACCUCACCUCAGGCUCUUGAACGGUGUGCAUUUCCCCUUUACUGCUGAGAAUGAUUUCUUUAUCAACACACUUUCCAUGAGAACAAUUUUUUUUUAAUGGACUUCAUAUACAUGGUAUCUUUUCCAUGUGUUAUUUGCUCAAGUACAUUCAGCAUGCAGGAAUAGGAUCGGAAGCUGCUCCUCCUGACACAAUAAAUGGAAGAUUCCUGCCCUUUUAUUGGCUGUUGGGAUAUUCCGACCAGCCCUCAGUUAGAGGGGGAAAUGCACUCAGUCUGAGAGGUCAGAUUAAAUAUUCAUGAAAAGAAAACUCAAAAGUUGUUUUUUUAAACAUAUUUAUUAUUUAAUGGUCUAUUUCGGGUGUGGGGAUUUAUGCCAUUUGGUUUACCUCCCUUGGUAUUAUUAUCUCCCUUAAGAUUGUUUACCCCUAAAAUUGAAUGUGUACCUUUUUUUUGCCUUCUGUUUUUCUCUUUUUUUUCUUCUAAUUUUAUUUUUUUGUGAUUUUUUUUGUUUUCUUAGUGUUGAAAAUUGCCAUGGUUUCUGCCAGAGGGUAAAAUGGG